AUGCUACUUCAAGGCUUCUACUCCGUUCUCUUCUUGGGUUUUUUCACUGCAACUUCAAGCACACAAUAUCCGGGUCACUAUUCUCCUUCUUCUUCUUCAUCAUCAUCACAACCUCAACCUGAUCGUUAUCAUGAGUUGUAUCGUCAACGUAGCAGUUCCAGUUCACAACAUGCGCCUGUUAAAGCUUAUCAAACAGCUUAUCCCCAGAGUACUUCUCAUUCCCAUCAGUCGUCUCAUAACCACAUAAGCUCAAAUGCUCAUUAUUACCAUCAACAACAACAACAACAACAACAGCAACAACAGCAACAACAGCAACAACAACAGCAACAGCAUCCCCAUUACCAACAGAACUUGCCCCAGCAAAAACAACCAUCCAAUCCACCACGUACUCCACACGUCCCAGCUCCUCUAGCUCCUCAAACAUCUCAGAGCUAUCAACAUAACUACCAACACCAUCAGCAGCAAUCACCGGUUGCCAAACCUAAUCAGUACCAACUUCAGCAGCAGCAGAUGUCACAUAGCUCUCAAUCGCAUCAUCAGCAGCUUUGUGACAUUCCACCAGAUCUUUGGUGCGACAGUCCACAAGCUGCCCAACAAUGCGGAGUGCAGCGUCAAUGCGAACAGUUUAAGAAUCGACGUCAACCACUCAAAAUCUCUCUCAUCUACGAAGCCCUCUGUCCAUAUUGUCAAAAAUUUAUAGCAAACCAACUAGGAACUGUCUACAAUCAGUUCAGAGGUCAAUUCGAGUUGGAACUCAUCCCAUGGGGCAAUUCACGCAUUCUCAGAGAUGGGUCUUUUUCAUGUAAUCACGGAAAGAAAGAAUGUGAUGCCAAUCGUAUCCAAUCAUGUGUUUUGGAUAUCUUGAAGGUGAAAGGAGCUUUACCUUUCAUUGUAUGUUUCGAACGCCUCAUAACCCAUAGUACCGUUGAAUCAGGGUUGCAGCAGUGUUCAGCUUUCAUUAGAGCCCAAUAUCGUCAAAUAAGACAAUGCUACGAUGGUGAGCAUGGAAUUCGUCUACAACGUAUAGCAGCUCAAAAAACUUUGAACACUCGACCUCAUGAGAUCGUAGAAGUACCUUACCUCUUAAUAAAUGAUUACACACCGUCAGUUGACAAUAACAACUUGAAUGUUAUGCUAUUACCUCAGUUACUCAACAAAUGGACUAAGACACACCAUAAAAAGUAA